CCGCCCCGCCCCCGCCCUGCGAACCUCCAGCUCUACAGAGCGCUGGGGCGGUGAGAACAGCGCGGUGGAGAGGGCAGGCGGGCUUCGCCGAAAAGCCGGACUCGGCCGGCGCCGGGUUCUGGGAUCGCCGCCUGCAGCCAUGACCCUAGCAGUCCAUCCCUCGGCCCCGGCUCCGGACGUCUGAUAUCCCGCACAGUCUCGUUCAACUGCUGGAGAGGCAGCCGCUGCUCCCUCGUCGCCCUUGGCGCCUUACCGCAUUCCCUAUCCGGAGCUGAGAGCAGCGCGGCCACCGGCGCCCCUGUGCAAACUGGGGGUGUCUGCUAGAGCAGCCUCCGCCGCUGCCGCCCGCGGCUCUGGCCAUGGCCUGGCGGGGCACAGGGCCGAGCGUCCGGGGGGCGCCUGGAGGCGUCAGGCUCAGGCUGGGGCUGCUGCUGCAGUUGCUCCUGCUCCUGCGACCGACUCUGGGGUUCGGGGACGAGGAGGAGCGGCGCUGCGACCCCAUCCGCAUCGCCAUGUGCCAGAACCUCGGCUACAACGUGACCAAGAUGCCCAACUUAGUGGGACACGAGCUGCAGACAGACGCCGAGCUGCAGCUGACAACUUUCACGCCGCUCAUCCAGUACGGCUGCUCCAGCCAGCUGCAGUUCUUCCUUUGUUCGGUUUAUGUGCCAAUGUGCACAGAGAAGAUCAACAUCCCCAUCGGCCCGUGCGGUGGCAUGUGUCUUUCAGUCAAAAGACGAUGUGAACCAGUCCUGAAAGAAUUUGGGUUUGCCUGGCCAGACAGCUUGAACUGCAGCAAGUUCCCACCCCAGAAUGACCACAACCACAUGUGCAUGGAAGGACCAGGUGAUGAAGAGGUACCCUUGCCCCACAAAACUCCCAUCCAGCCGGGGGAGGAGUGCAACGCGGUGGGAACCAAUUCUGAUCAGUACAUUUGGGUGAAAAGGAGCCUGAACUGUGUUCUCAAGUGUGGCUACGACGCUGGCUUGUAUAGCCGCUCUGCUAAGGAGUUCACGGAUAUUUGGAUGGCUGUGUGGGCCAGCCUCUGCUUCAUCUCUACCACCUUCACUGUGCUGACCUUCCUGAUUGAUUCAUCCAGGUUUUCUUACCCUGAGCGCCCCAUCAUAUUUCUCAGUAUGUGCUAUAAUAUUUAUAGCAUUGCUUAUAUUGUUCGGCUGACUGUAGGCCGGGAAAGGAUAUCCUGUGAUUUUGAAGAGGCGGCAGAACCCGUUCUCAUCCAAGAAGGACUUAAGAACACAGGAUGUGCAAUAAUUUUCUUGCUGAUGUACUUUUUUGGAAUGGCCAGCUCCAUUUGGUGGGUUAUUCUGACACUUACUUGGUUUUUGGCAGCUGGACUCAAGUGGGGUCAUGAAGCCAUUGAAAUGCACAGUUCUUACUUCCACAUCGCAGCCUGGGCUAUUCCCGCAAUAAAAACCAUUGUCAUCUUGAUUAUGAGACUAGUGGAUGCGGAUGAACUGACCGGCCUGUGCUAUGUUGGGAACCAGAACCUAGAUGCCCUCACUGGUUUUGUGGUGGCUCCUCUCUUUACCUAUUUGGUGAUUGGAACGCUGUUCAUUGCAGCGGGUUUGGUGGCCUUAUUCAAAAUUCGGUCCAAUCUUCAAAAAGAUGGGACAAAGACAGACAAGCUGGAAAGGCUAAUGGUCAAGAUCGGGGUCUUCUCCGUACUGUACACGGUUCCUGCAACCUGUGUGAUUGCCUGUUAUUUCUAUGAAAUCUCAAACUGGGCACUCUUUCGGUAUUCUGCCGAUGACUCAAACAUGGCAGUCGAAAUGUUGAAAAUUUUUAUGUCUUUGCUCGUGGGCAUCACUUCAGGCAUGUGGAUUUGGUCUGCCAAAACUCUUCACACGUGGCAAAAAUGUUCUAACCGGUUGGUGAACUCUGGGAAGGUAAAGAGAGAGAAGCGGGGGAAUGGUUGGGUGAAGCCAGGGAAAGGCAAUGAAACUGUGGUAUAAGCUUCCACGUUCCUCAUUUUGAAGGAAGUGAUGCUGUGAAUCUCAGUUUGAACAAACUAGAAACACUUCAGCAUACACACACCCACAUCAGCCCACCGCCCCUCACCCAACUCAGCAUCAGAAGACCAAUUAUUUCGAUGCAGACUUUGGAAUGGUCCAAAAUGAAAAAGCCAGUUAGAGGCUUUCUUUCAAAGCUGUGAAAAAUCAAAAUGUUGAUCACUAUAGCAGGUCACAGCUUGGAGUCUGUGGAGGUCCAGGAAUUAGAUUCCUGAAGUCCAGGGUGAUGGUGUUUGCUCCUACUGGGUGGGAUUUCAGCUGUGAGUUGAUAACAUGCGAGGAGAAAGAUUAAUUUUUAAAACUCUUUUAAAUUUUAAAUAGUAACUAGGUCUUGCAGAUAGCAAAGUGAUCUAUAAACACUGGAAAUGCUGGGUUGGGAGGCGUGUUGCAGAGUUUUAUAGUUUGGCUGGUCUAACAUAAACAUCUUCUGGCCUACACUGUCUGCUGUUUAGAACUCUGGAGCGCACUCCCAAGAGGUGGUGUCAAAAUCCUUCAGUGCCUUUGUCAUAAAACAGAAUUGUUUGAGCAAACAAAAGUACUGUACUAACACACGUAAGGUAUCCAAUGGAUUUCUCUCUCCUUAAAUUUCAACAUCCCUAAUUCUAAGCAGCCCCUGUUACACUAAUGACUCAAAAAAAAAAAAAAAGGUUAUUUUUAUAGGAAUUUUUUUGCACUACAGCAUGCCUAAUGAGAGGAAAAGGAAAGGUGAUUCACUUUCUGACAAUCACUUAAUUCAGAGGAAAAUGAGAUUUGCUAAGUUGACUUACCUUACCGACCCCAGAGACCUAUUGCAUUAAGCAAUGUUAAGCAAUUGGGACUUAAAAUAUUUUAGUUUGUGUGAUUGCAUCUAGGCAGACGCCAGUCUGGAAGAACUGAAAUGUUAAAUUUCUUGGCAACUUUGCAUUCACACAGAUUAACUGUGUAAUUUGUGUGUGUCAAUUACAAUUAAAAGCACAUUCUUGGACCAUGACAUAGUAUACUCAAUUGACUUUAAAACUGUGGUCAACUCGCAUUCUUAGUGUGAUAGUGCCUUUCCCCCCCUGUAGCAUAAGAAUGUUAUCGGAGUUUGGUCUACUUGCCACAAUGGAGACUUAUUCAACUUUUCAAAGGCAACUAAGGACAGCAGAUCCAAAUACUUGGUGCAUAAUUGUUCCUUAGUAAUGGGCAAAGGCUCCUUAUAAGAUUUCACUGGAGGCAGUGUGGCCUGAGAGUAUUUAUAUGAUGCCUAAUGAACCUCCAGAAUGCCAGCCAGAAGCUGGAUUGGUUAGCAGGGGAUAUGGUGUAGACUGAAUGAAAUGAGCUGCAAAGUCUAACAGCACGAGUCCUAAUUGCCUUUGCUGAGGUAUCCAAAGCCUUUAAAAUUUAUGCUUUAAGUCCCUCACAAGGGGGUACCCACUAGCAACCUAUCAAAAGUUGAAGUUCUUUUAAAAUUGUGACUGGUCUUUUUCUUAACCUGCCUUAGGCCUUUUAAUCACCAGAUCUCUGGGACAAAACAUUGUACAUGUCACAGGUUGCUCUCCUUGUAUUUCAUGCCUGUCUGCUUCAGAAACUGCAGUUAUUUAUUGAUCCGUGCUUUUUGUAAGAGAGCUCUUAAUGUUUUAUCCAAUCGUACUCUGUGGGGAAAAAUUUCAUGGACUCCAAAUCCCAAAUAGGUGUUCAAAUUCUGGAGAUAUAAAUUUUUAAAAAUUGGGUCUCUCUCUCUCUCUCUCUCUCUCUCUCUCUCUCUCUCUCUCUCUCUCUCUCUCUCUCUGUUUGAGCUUUGUUUCUCACUACAUUUUCUCCCCACACCCUUUGUUUUGCAAGUUCUGUAGAUGUGUGAUAUCGAGAUGCAUAUAAGGCAAGUUGUGUGUUUGGAAAGGAGAGUCUUGGGGCUUGUGAGGUAGAGACCUUCGUGGACCUGGGUGGCCCCCGGUGAUUUACACAACCUGAGUACCUAGACUGGACUAGGGGGUAAGGCUCUAGGAGCAUGAGAACUGAUCCACGGAAAGGCCAAUGUAACUCCUGAAUGAGCUGCCUCUGAGAGGCAGAAUGGUCAUGCCUUGCACUGCUUGCAGGCAGUUCCCAUAGCUGUCCAGGGCUCUGGAGUGUGCACCCAAGGGCAGAUUCUGCCCUUUACUCACGCUCUGCUUCAGUGCCUUGGGAGUUGUGCAGUGACUCUGGCACAGGAAAGGGAUGAAGAGCAAGGCAGUAGCUGGCUAGCUUUGCUGUGCAGACUUUGUAAUGCGCUUCUCUUUGUAAUGCUUCAGUGAUUGUAGGACCAAGACUGCACCCUCCAAAGAGUGAGCCGUAGGUGCUGGGCAUGUGUCAACAAUAACCAUGACGGCAGCAACCCUUUGGGUGAGACCGGCCACCUGCAUUCUGAAUGCUAGAGCUAGUGUACUGACAAUUUUUCUAUCUUCCCAGGCAGUUUGCCUUUUCAGGGGAAGGGGCAAAGAGGCCUGGCAGUUCAGACUGGUUUAAUAGGCUUAAGCAACACCACAGAGUUGCCUGGUCUUCCCUUUCCUACCUCAGAUGGGGGAAGAAUGAUUCCAGUUUCCAGGAAACGAACUUGAUGACUGAGGAGUCCCCUUACCCAUGCCUGUCAAGCAUCCGUAUCACUUCUUUGCAUCAUUCCCACAAAUCUCUUCCUAGGUCGCUCUGUUCUCUCCCAUGAUUCCUUCUAAAUUAAUGACAGAAAGCACCAGCUUUGGUUCAUGGCAAUCUCCAUAUAAACUCCCUAGGAAAACAGAGUAGACCCUAAGGACUGGCUCCAGCAUCUACUGUGGCUUUGGAGAUAGCAGGGUCAGGGUUUGGGCUGUUCCACAGGACUUAUACAGGCACAUUUGAGGACUGCAGCAUGCUGAGGGGGAAGUGGGGUUUGUUUUCCUUCCUCUGAGAUCUGGAAUAAGUACAUGUGAUUGUAAUUUUCAAGAAAAGUCCUCAAGUUCCAGAUAUUCUACUAAGCACAACUAAGGACACCUCUCUCCAACCUCUUCUUUGAUAAAUGUCUUGGUCUUGCAGCAGAGGAACGCUGUGUAGGGUAGGAGUGACCAGAGCCACCUGGCUGAGCUACUCAGCUGAUCGUAUCUUUCUUCCCCUAUGGUGACCCAUUUCCUGGUUGCUGAGAUGGCUGCUGAGCUGGCUCGGUGCCCAGAGGCCUGAAAUAAGGGACAGGUGACACGAUUUCCUGAGAGUUCCCUUUCUGUCAUCCUCUCACUUGUACCCUAAGCUUUGUAUCCCUAAAUCCAGAACCAGAGACUUAUUGUCUGUUGUUACCAGGUUCUGAUCUGUGGUUCUAUUUAGCCCUUCCAGCUGUGACUGUGGUGUUGAGAAUUUAGUGUCUGUGGUGUUGAGUGCAAAGUUGGGCAAUGGGACACCACGAUGAAGCUGACAUCUUUAGUCCUCAAAGAGCAGGCACAAUUGAAAGAGGCCUCACCCGUGUGAUGUAUCUGCUAAGGGUCCCAUAGUGGCAGUUAGGAAGGGAAACCAAGAGGGCACAGACUUUGGCAGGAAGUGCUUAAUGAGUAAAUUCCAUCCUGAGACAGGGCAAUGAAGAGAGCUGCUGUUCCUGCCAGUCAUGAUGAGCCCCCAGACGUGGGCAGCACUCUUUUGUCUUCUUAUUGUACUUGACUUCAGAGUCCCAGUCUGAAUUUGCAGGAUGUGUAUCAAAGGACCCAGGUUACCAUUUUCCCUUCAUGCUCAGGUCAAAGAUCUUGGAACUCUUUCAAGAGCAUUCUGCUCCUACAGAUGAUCACAUCCUGGAUCCCCAAGUAAUAGAUUUUGUCCCGCUGGCUCCUGGAUAGGGUGCUCUGAUCCUGCCUUUCACUAUGCAGUCUGUACAGUAAUGGCACAGUACCAAGAGAAGGUAUAUCAUGUCCCCACCCCACCCCAACAUGCUGCUUCCCCUAAAAAAAAAAAAAAAAAUCACACUUGCCCUCCUAGUCAUUGUUACUUGUGUUUGUUUUCCAUUUGCCUUAUUUCCCUUCUAUACAGCACUCAAUUCCUUGUAGUCACCCAAGCAGUUAGUAAAAAGUCAGUUUGUAAUCCCAAAUGAGUGACAUCCUCACAGAACUUGUGCCUGCCGGAUCUCCCAGAAUGUUCAACUAAUGACCAGUGUCAUCCCAGAAAGCUGAAACAGGGUGACAGCAGCUCUGCCCCACAAAGGUGAAGUCUGUUCUCCCUCCCAGGUUGUGCACAUUUCAAAGUCCUGAGAGUUUAUCAGGCUGGGGGCCUUGACUUGACUGUGGCUGUGGGGAGAGGUAAGUUGGUUUCUAGAGCUUCCAUAGUGGGACAUCCAGACACUUCUGAGUUCCUUCUACCUCACAGAGAUGAUGUGAGGCUAUAGAAGGCCUCAGGAUGAGGUCCCAAGGCUCUUCAUAAGAAAGAUGAACUAAAAUAAUAAUCCCAGUCUGCAGGAAGAGAAAAUGCAGUUAGUGCUGUUUUGUGCAGCAGUUUACCGAGUUGCUCUCUGCCUCUUUCUUGGCUCCUCAUGCCUCUCACUAGCUCCAGAAACCUGAAGGCAACCUGGAGCCAUUCAGAUAACCAUGUAGAGGUACCAGGCUAACCCCGGCUAGACAUGCUCUGAACAAAUAGCUGAAUUUCCAAGGAAAUAGAGCCCCUUUUUAAGGUUGUACAAAAGUGUGUCUGCAUUGAUGUCUGUACUGUAAAUUUCUAAUUUAUCACUGUAUUAAAAAACUUGCUAUUUAAUUUUUGUAUUAAAGGGAAAUAAAGUUUUGUUUAUUAAG